UCUACCGUCCUCAGAAGCCGUUGACGGCUCUAAUAGUGACGGAUCGACCCACGCAAUAUUAUUUUAUUUUCCUUUUUCAUUUGUUUUGUGGGAAAAAAGAAAAGGGAGAACAAGUAAGCUUCAUUGCACACAUCCGUCCUCUACAAUCCCCAUCAGAUCUCUUCUACACAUAAUCCUGUUUUGAGCUUUUGUAUGAGUUUGUGCUAACGGCAGCUAGUUGACGAUUAUUGCUACAACCUCGAGACAAGUCGGGACAAGACCAGUCUCAGGACUCACCAUACUCAAUGAGCGUACAGCGCAAUGUCAGAGCGCUCUGGGCAAACGGCAAAGGGGAAGGAUGGCAAAACCAAGUAUGCGUCUCUCAACCUGUUUGAUACAUACAAAGGAAAGAGCCUUGAAGCACAGAAGCCUGUUGUUGCCCCUCGUCAUGGCUUACAGUCUCUUGGUAAAGUUGCCUCUGCACGGCGCAUGCCCCCCCCUGCCAACUUGCCUAGUUUGAAGGCAGAGAACAAAGGCAACGAUCCCAACGUCUCGCUCAUUCCCAAAGACGGCACAGGAUGGGCAAGCAAGCAGGAACCAGCAGACCCAAAGAGUACCGAUGUAUUGUCAGCAGCGCAGCCGGAGUCGCAGCAGCCUGUGGCCUCACAGACAUCUGCACCGAGCAUGCCGAGAACACCCCCAGCUCAAGAGGCUCCGACUCUAGCCGUAGGGCCAAAGUCCUGGGCUCAGGCCAGUGUUACACAUGGAGUACAAGGAGAUGGUGGAAAGGGAUCAAACCAACCAUCGCCAUUCUCUCGCGAGGAAUUUCCCACCCUGCAGGCGGCUGGAGACCAGGACAAAGCUGGCAAAGAACAGGCCACUGCAGAUCAGUGGUAUGGGCCCGGACCAAGCCUCCGCCCCCAGAACGUAACGAGUUGGCGGGAUGGUGGGGGCCGGGCAUUGGCACCCACCCUGGCUGGGGAGGGAGUUGCGGAGGGCGGUGCUGGGGGAACCAUGGUGAUGGAGGGUGCUGCUGGGGCCCUUUCCAUCCCACACCAAAACGUGUCCUCCCAUGGGCCGCCUAGAGCCCCCCCAACCAGCAACCCCGCACUUCCUCUCCCCCAGCCACCUAUCGGCCCGCAGUUCCAGGCUUACAGAGGGAUCAUGCCUUCCUUCAUGUAUCCACCAUAUCUGCCCUUCCCACCCCCAUAUGGUCCACAGGGACCGUACAGGUAUCCACCCCCAAAUGAGGCCCAGAGGUUUUCUCGUUCACAGGGUGGAGUAGGACCGGAUGGGAGGCCUUCUGGAGGCCCCCGGGGUGAGGUGGUAAAACGCCCCUCCAUUCUCAAACAGGAUGACCUGAAGGAGCUGGAUGAGCUGGACCAUGAUGGAGAUGAGGGCUGGGCUGGGGCACAGGAGGAAAUUGACUACUCUGCCAAGUUGAAGUUCAGUGAUGAUGAAGGAGAGGAUGACGGGGAAGAGGAAAGGACUGAAAACAAAAAUGGACCCCGGGAGGCAAGGGAGCAACAGAGAUCCCAAGAUGGACCUGCACCUGUUUCAUGGUCCCGAGCAUCUGACAGUGGAGGGAAUUCACGGUGCACCCCUCCUUGCAGUCCUGACGAUGGCUCUGCACCCCCCUCCAGCAAGCCAGGCUGGGCCGAGGAGGGAGGAAGUAGCUGGGGCAGUCAGACAAAUGCAGGAUCUUAUCAGGGGCGUAGACCUGGACUAGGUGGCCCAAGGGAGCAGCCCUCCCCCCCACCAGGGCCACUUCUUGGACAGGGGCCCUACUCCUACUACCACCAGGACCAGCCUUCGAACCAUUUGGCAAUUUCAGGCCCCAACCUGGCCCCUCAGAAGCCUCCCAGCGGUGCCCAAGCACAGCAGCAGGCAGAGUCAGUGCCAGGUGGGCAGACCCCCCCUCCUCCUGGCACCUUGCAACCCCAGCAACAGGGCGAGGAUGAGGACGAGACAUGGCGGCAAAGACGAAAGCAAUCAUCGUCAGAGAUCUCUGCCGCGGUAGAGCGUGCCCGCCGUCGGCGUGAAGAAGAGGAACGGAGGAUGCAGGAGGAACGCCGUGCUGCCUGCGCAGAGAAGCUUAAGAGACUUGAUGAAAAACAGCAGCAGCAACAGAGCAUGAAACCCAGUUCUCCCAGUGAUGCUCCUGCCAGCAGCCCAAGUCCCUCCUUGUCUGCGCCAGCCUCGUCUCCUAAUGUCAGUCUGCCAUCGUCACCCUGCAUGGACCCAGAAGAACCUCCUCUGUCAUCCGCUCAGACAAGCAGUGCAACAUUGGUGCUGAACAUAAAUAAUAGACAGAGGGCUGGCAGCAACAGUAGUCAUGACUCUAACACUGAAUCUCAGCAGAUUCUGCAGCCUCAAGUCACCCAGAAUCAACAAUCCCUGGAUGUCCCAGUGCCUGGAGAUGGCAAGGAUGAACCUGUAGUAGGUGGGCCACACAUUCGUGGCACUAGAGGUGGAGAUGAUCCCGUGAAGGUUGAGAAUGUUGGUGGAACAGGACGGCAGGGAAGUGGUCCUCCCGGACAGGGCUUUUCCAAGUAUCAGAAAUCGCUUCCUCCUCGUUUUCAGAGGCAACAACAGGAGCAACUUCUCAAACAGCAGCAGCAGUGGCAGCAGCAACAUAAUCAGGUUGCCCAAAAUCAGCUCCAGUCCCAGCCUCCGAAUCUGCAGGGCCCCUCUCCGGGCACCACACAACAGUCUGGGCCCAAACAGCCAACCCUUUACCCCCCUGGUUCAAUGGGACGUCCUCCACCUCUUCCCAUGAACUUUGAUCCCCGCUGGAUGAUGAUGUCCUAUAUGGACCCUCGCAUAAUGCAGGGACGUCCCUCACCCAUGGACUACUACCCUCCCAGCAUGCAUCCUUCAGGGAUAAUGAGUCGAGAGCGUUCUGAUUCAGGUGGCUCUGGGUCAGAUCCCUUUGAUAGGCAGCAGCAUGGUGGACCCCCUCACCCCCAUCGUGGCACACCCCCCAUGGAUCCUAAGCUGACUUGGGGGCCAGAUGUUUUUCCAGGGGGUACUGAGGAUCGGGGACGUAGCUCCCCCCUACGGCAGAGAGCUGUAGAGGAAGAGGAUGUCAAAGGCAAAGGUCAAAGAAGUGACACUCCUCCAGUGCGUAUGCGAGAGGGAGGCACAGCUCAUAUUCAGCCCCCAAGUAUGUCUUCCAGCUGUCCAUCUGGCUCAUCCAACCAAACCCCACCACCUUUGGCAAUUCAGGUUGGGGGCCAGGGUACUGGCCACCAUGGCCACCAUCAGCCUUUUAUGGGCGGGCGAGGAGGUUACUGUAACUUCCAUGACAAUGGAUCCAGGAUGGGCUCCCACCUGCAGCAAAGGGCCAGCAGUGGAGGGACACUUCAUGGAUUUAGCCAUCAGGAGGGGGGUCAACAGAGCCAAAUCUGGGGGACUGCUCAUCCCCAUUAUGACCGUAAUGGCCGUUCUGAUCACUCUGCCUUGGAGAACAACUCGUAUCUCCAACACCAUGCUCCACCCCCUCAUUUCUCCCUUCAUCCUCACAAGCAGGAGAAUGGUAGGGAGCGAGAAAAAGGAGGGGAGCCAAAAAAGAGUGGCCCUUCACCUCCACUCCAUCAGCCGUCCCUCUCCUCCUCCUGCUCAUCAUCAUCAUCUUCCUCAGCCAGGGAAGAUGGCAGUGGGAAGCAGUCCCUACAUAAUCAAGUCUCACCGCAGCAUGAGCAUCACACUGGAUCCACUCAUGUUCCAGGAAGGAAACAGGAUAAAAUGGGAAAUACACACAAUCAGCCCCCACAGCAUUCUUUGCAGCAGCACCACCCUAAAGCCAACUCUCGCAGCCGGGAACACAAAACUGAGACACAGUGGGGUCCAAGGCCUGGUAGCAGUAGCGGGAGUGUUGGCUCAUCCCAUAACAGAAAGGUAGGCUCUGGAAUGAGUGGAAAUACUGGAGGGGAAGAAUCCAUAAAUCAGGUGGCUGAGAACAAGUCCUCUGCCCAAUCAGCAGAUGGUGUCACAGUCAAGCGGGCAGGUCCUAUUAAGAGACCAAUUUUAAAAGAGAUGAAAAGAGAGGGUGGUGAAGGAGAGGGAGGAGAAAAGACCACUGGAGGCUCUGGAAAAGACAAGGAACAAGAUACUACUCAGACAACCACCAAACAAGAAUCAGCUUCUGGGGCUCAAACGUCCUCCACACACAGUGGGAAAGAUGAUGCAGUCUUGUCAAAUAAACCCAGAACUGGUGGAAAGGAGCGAGGUAACACUGGAGGUACAGGUAAAGGAUCCAAAAAUGGAGACAACUCCAUACAAAAUUCUGGGUAUUCUGCUCCUCAAUCCAGAAGGGAAAGGGAGCGUUCUUCUGAAAGAGGGAGCACGACUUACCAUGCAUCCUCAUACAGAGGUGGGCGAUCAAGCCGUGGCAGAGGAGAGUUCUACGGGCGAGGCAGAGGAUACAGGGGCACUUACACGGGCAGUACCGGUGGUAGCAGUCGUGGGAAAACAGGUGGCAGAAGCAGCGGGGCCUACAGGCCAGCUGCCAACAGUGGCUACCACCACGGACCUUUUAAUCAAGAAUACAAGCGGGAGGCAUCAUCUGGCAGUGGUAGGCAUGGACAUGGAGGCCCUCAGCCAAAUCCGGGACGUGCUAGAAACCGCAGCGAGACCCGAAGUGAAGGCUCUGAGUAUGAAGAGGUGCCUAAGAGGAGGCGGCAGCGGGGUUCUGAGACCGGCAGUGAGAGUGCUGGUAGUGAUCUUGCUCACUCUGACAAAGAGGACCGCAAACCUAACAUCAAGACUGGCACUGGAGGAGAGAACCCAUCAACAGGCCCUUCAUCCUCUUCAGCUCCAACCAGAAACUCCCAGACUAGAGUAUUCACACCAAGGGGAGUGCCAUCAAGACGUGGUAGAGGUGGAGGUGGUGCUGGAGGAGGUCUUCAUAGAAGUGUAGGCAAUGCUGGAGUCUCUGGCGGACACAGAUCUGGACCUGGCCCUCCUUCCCAUGGCUGGUCUACAAAAUCUGCAACUGUGCGAAAGCAACAUACAUCCUCCCAACCAUCUUCUCCCAAAGACUCUGGUCGUGGAGCUAAUAGCGAAAAGAAGAAAGCUGGUGACCAGAAUCAGUCUCAGAUUCAAAGUGCAAAUUCCUCAGCACCUAAUCCCUCUGUGCCUAUUGUCCAACAGGGGUCCACUGAGAAUGGAAGUGUUGGGGCUCAGCUGUCUUCUAGUAAUGUUCCGUCAAAUUCCACUGGCUCUACUACACAGACAAUUCCUCUGUCUGCUUCAGAUGGACGAAGUUUUCCUCCCAGAGGAUUUGAACGCCCCCCUCGUCGUAGGCGCCAUGGACGAUCUCAGCAUCAGCAGGACAAGCCUCCCAGAUUCCGCAGGCUGAAGCAAGAGCGAGAGAAUGCAGCCCGUAUUAAUGGAAGCAGUGAAAUUAUUGAAGUUGUAGCUGGACAACAGCAGAGGCCUGCUUCUCCAUUGCAGAAUUCCCAGCAAGAAACAAAUAGCACUCCCAAAGCAUCUGUCGCAAAUGCAAACCAUAAUGUCUCCGCAACUUCUAAUAAUAAUAAUAAUAGCGGCCACCAUGGGGUUGGAAACCAAAAUUUAAAUAGUCACCACAACCACCAUUACCAGGGCAUCUCCCAGUCGCACCCUCAGCACCGUCAUAACCAUAACCCAGCAGGGGGCGCCAAAUCUCCUGACGUCUCUAACCAGAACUCUGACCAGGCCAAUGAGGAAUGGGAAACAGCUUCCGAAAGCAGUGAUUUCACCGAGUUUCGCGAGAGAGAAGGUGGAGGAGGUGGUAAAUCCUAUUCCUCCCACCACCACCAUCACCAUCAUUCAACAGGAAGAGGUAGUGGAGGUGGCGAGAGAGAGAUGACAGCUAAAGAAUUGGCCACCAGCAAGAGAAGCUUCUCCAGUCAGCGCCCUGGAAUGGAGAGGCAGAAUAGAAGGGUGAAUCCCAGUGGUGGUGGAGGAAGAGGCCACAGGGGUCCACCCAGUGGUGGUGGGCCUGUAGGUGGUGCUGGCAAUGGUGGGCCCAAUCGUGGUGAGAGACGUGGCAACUGGCCAUCCCCUAAGAACAGGAAGUGAUUUUUUUUAUUUUUUUUUAUUUGGAAAUGUUUCAAAUGCAUCCCUCUUUCAUUGGCCACUUAUUUCUGUCAGUCCUCUUCCCCCCUAACAUGUUAACACUUUAUUGUAAAAGAUUAGUUAACAAGACAUGUACACAUUCAUUCUAGCUCCCUUAGUUUAUUGCUUUUUUUUUUUUGUCCUUUUGUUGGAAAUUCACACUCUGUGCCCUUUCACGCUCCCAUAAAUCCCAAGUUCUACGAUGAGAUUUGACAUACUCAACCCCUUUUUAACGGAAGUAUCUUUUGAGACUGAAAAUAGUCAACCAGAAGACAUCCAUUUAUUAAUCCAUUUGUAAGCACAAUAUGACAUCAACAUGAUUAAGAUGUGCUUAGUUCGUGUAUGCUAGGCAUGUUACAUGUAUUUGUAGAACUGUGGCUUGAAGCAUAUAUGAAAGGCCAGGGUUGAUAUUAUGUACUUGUGUAUUCACAUUGCAUAAUUUUGGAUUGUGUAUUCACUGUAUUCUCCGUCAGGUUGGAUCUUGGAAGUUCCUCUUUUAAUGAGAACAAAUGUAUCAUAGAUUUGUUUUUCCCUCUUGUGUUUUGAAUUCUUUCCCUUAUCUUAAAUUUUCAUUUCAACCUCACCCCUCUUUUAAAGGUGAGGGUAUAUAUUUUUUUUUUCUGCAAAGCAGGUCAUUAAAAUUAAUUUUUAACUAAACCCCCCUUCAUUUUUGGUUUUGAGCUCAUCUUUUACUGCAGUGCUUGCCAACCCAGUACAAUACUACUGCUCACAUUCUAAUUUCAUGUCCACUGGUUCAGACCUACAUGGUGUUUUUUUUUUUUGUUUUUUCCCCCUUGUUUUGAAAUCAGGUCUUCACUGCUCAUUGCUUUGGUUUACAAAUAGUUUCAUUAGCUAUUCAUUAGUUUCUGCCUCCGCAUGGAAUUGUAGUUUAAUAGAGUACAUUAUACAUGUUUAUAUAAUUAGAUGAAGUGAUCUUAAGAUCCUUUAAAGUUCCCAUUCAUGAAUCACUUCAUUUUAAGGCUUUGCUGUUUGACUCGGCCUUUAGUGUCACAUCAUUAAAUUUGAAUUUCUUUUUUUAAACAUCUGUUACAGAUUCUUUCUGUCUUGCACUUAUUAAGCCAGUAAACUUCAAAACUCUCCUGUAGGAUGAAGAUUGUUCAGUGUUUUUUUGUUUUUUUGUUUUUUUUUUCUCCAUAUGACUAGCUGUAUAUUGGGCAUCUUUUUGACUAGGUGUCAUACUGCAGUUCCAGGUUAUUUAACAUGGAAUGCAAGUAUUGUGCUAUUGUUAUAUUCACUUAACAGUUCUAGGACGUGUAGAGAACCGCUCUUUCACUACCCUCUGCAUUGUAAAUUACCUUUAUUUUAAAAAAGAAAGUUUGACAUAAGCUCCUCUUCCAGUCUGUAUUUCCAAAGUUCCCCAAAACGUUUCUCUGAACUAUGGGCAAUUGUCUUGCUCGCAUCUAUGGACUGAGCUUCAAUUUAUCUUCUCAGUGAGAUAUGUCUAUGCCAAGGAGUCUGUGCCCCUUUUUGAGUAGUGUUACAAAACAAGACAUUGGUUCUGUGUGCAAUAUGCCUGAUGUCAAACAAAACUUGCCCAUCAACUAUGGACAUCUGCUCACGCUAGUGAACGGAGUCUGAGCCCAGGUUAACAAGAAACAACAAAUGCUUGAUGUCUAAAUUGAAACCGAUGAAAGCAUUUUUUACUCAUUUCGACCAGCAUCUGUAUUCAACUGGUGUAAGUUGGGGUUUGUUUGUUUUCUGGGAAGGCCUUGAUCUGAUCAGCUUCGGAAUAAUAUGUAAGGCUUUUGAAUGAAAUGUAUGUGUGAGUAGGGCAUUUAAAAAGUAUGUGUGAAUUUAUCUGAUCUUUACAUGUAAUGUGCUCUCUUGGGUAGAACGCUUUGUGAAAGGGGAAUAUGAGUCCCAAUUGCCCACUUUUUCAACACUAUUAGGAUGUUUAUUUUAUAUAGGAUAUUUUCAUUAUAUACAUUCAAGUGUAUACGUUAAUCCAAAUGAAGUGUAGUGGGAAAAAGUAAAAUCGAUAUUUUUUCCUAUCUUCUAAGAAAAAUACAAUAAAAUGGGUUUAUUUAACUUUUCUCAGACAUUUUACGAAGCAUGGUUUUAUCCUCCGAUACAGCUUGGUGGGUAUAUUCAUUGGAAGCCAUUCACAUCAGCUUCCAGUGCUGUUUAUCAUCUCUCUUAAACUCUUAAUCCAUUGACGUGGUCACAUUAUAUGUACCAAUAUUUGAAUAAAAAUGAAUAGAAAUGUG